AUGCACGGAGGGCGGAGCCGCGGCCCGAGGACGCGACGCGAGCCCAGUUCCGGCGAGGAGGCCGCGCCAGUGACAGCGAUGGCGGCGGAGUCGGCGCUCCAAGUUGUGGAGAAGCUGCAGGCGCGGCUGGCCGCGAACCCGGACCCGAAGAAGGUAUUAAAAUAUUUGAAGAAACUCUCCGCCUUGCCUAUUACAGUAGACAUACUUGCGGAGACUGGCGUUGGGAAAACAGUAAAUAGCUUACGAAAACACGAGCACGUUGGAAGCUUUGCCAGGGACCUAGUGGCUCAGUGGAAGAAGUUGGUUCCUGUGGAACGAAACACUGACCCUGAUGAACAGGACUUUGAGAAGAACAAUUCCCGAAAGCGCCCCAGGGAUGCUCUUCAGAAGGAGGAGGAGCUCAGGGGGGACUACGGAGAAAACUGGAGCGCCUCCAGCAGCCAGCCGUACAGUCCCGACCACAGGCAGAAAAAGCACAGAAAACCCUCAGAGCUCGAAAAGCCUCACAGAGUGUCUCAUAGUCAGGAGAGGAGAGAAGAGCGAAAGAGGGGCCACAGGGUUUCACCAAUUUACUCUUCAGACCACGAAUCUUCGGAUUAUGGCCAUGUUCAGUCCCCCCCAUCGUCUGGCAAUCCUCAUCAGGCGUCCGUGGACCAUUACAGGUCCCCGGACGAGGACCAGGAGCCCUUCGCUCCACACCAGAAGCCUGGGAAGGGCCACAGUAAUGCCUUUCAGGACAGACGGGGGGUCAGUCAGGAAAGACACCUGGGUGAACCCCAGGGGAAAGGGGUUGUGAGUCACAACAAGGAGCACAAAUCUUCCCAUAAAGAUAAACGUCCAGUGGAUGACAGGGGAGAGGAGAAGUCCCCGUUGAGCAGAGAGAAAUCCCACAAGGCCGCCUCCAAAGAGGAAAACCGGAGGUCCCUCUCAGGGGAUGGCACGAAGGAGAAACUGCCCUCUAGUGGUAUCAAGAAAGAGAAGGACAGAGAGGGCAGCACCAAGAAGUUUGUGUCUCCCUUGGAGCUCACUCCAGACAACCACCUCAAAAAGCAAAAGCACAAAGACUCAGAGAAAUCCAAAUCAGACAAAAACAAGCAAAGUCUAGACAGCUUAGACAUAGGAAAGGGGGCCAGAGACCUGCUGCCCAAGGCAAAGGAAAAAGUUUCUAACAGCCUAAAGACUCAAGAAGGGAAAGUAAAAACUCAUUCAAAUAGAAAGUCAGUGGACUCCCUCCCUAAAGUUGAGGAAGCAGAUAUGGAUGAUGAAUUUGAGCAACCCACCAUGUCUUUUGAGUCAUACCUCAGCUAUGACCAGCCCCGGAAGAAAAAGAAAAAGAUUGUGAAAACCUCAUCUGCGGCUGUUGGAGCAAAAGGACUUAAAAAAAAUGAUUCAAAAAGCACUAGUAAAAACUUGGACUCAGUUCAGAAAUUACCUAAAGUGAACGAAAACAAGUCAGAGAAACUUCAGCCGGCUAGAGCUGAUUCAGCCAAGCCGAGAAAGGUCCCCACCGAUGCGUUGCCAGUUUUGCCAGACCUCCCAUUACCUAUGAUACAGGCCAAUUACCGGCCGCUUCCUUCCCUUGAAUUGGUGUCCUUCCAACCAAAGCGAAAAGCACACUCUUCUCCCCAGGAAGAGGAAGAAGCUGGAUUCACUGGACGGAGAAUGAAUUCUAAGAUGCAGGUGUAUUCUGGUUCCAAGUGUGCCUAUCUCCCCAAAAUGAUGACCUUGCACCAGCAGUGCAUCCGGGUACUUAAAAACAACAUUGACUCGAUCUUUGAAGUGGGAGGUGUCCCAUAUUCUGUUCUUGAACCUGUUUUGGAGAGGUGUACGCCUGAUCAGCUGUAUCGUAUAGAGGAAUACAAUCACGUAUUAAUUGAAGAAACAGAUCAAUUAUGGAAAGUUCAUUGUCACCGAGACUUUAAGGAGGAAAGGCCAGAAGAGUAUGAGUCAUGGCGGGAGAUGUACUUGCGGCUUCAGGAUGCCCGAGAGCAGCGACUACAAUUACUGACAAAGAAUAUCAAAUUUGCACAUGCCAAUAAGCCCAAAGGACGACAAGCACAGAUGGCCUAUGUCGACUCUGACGCCAAGCCACCUCGUGAUGUUCGAAGGAGGCAGGAGAAGUUUGGAACAGGAGGAUCGGCUGUGCCGGAGAAAAUAAAGAUCAAGCCAGCCCCUUACCCCACAGGAAGCAACCAUGCUCCCUCCAGCAGUGGCAGCAGCAGCUUUAACGCCAGCCCCGAAAAGCCAGCCUAUGAUGGCCCGAGCACCAAAAGUGCCCACUUCAUGCCCGUGGUCAGCAGCACUGUUUCCUACGAUCCUCGGAAACCUGCUGUGAAGAAAAUUGCCCCCAUGAUGGCUAAGACGAUUAAAGCUUUCAAGAACAGAUUCUCCCGACGAUAAACUGAGGACUUGCCUUGGAUGUGGAAUUUGGGGGUGAGGAAGAUAAGGACAGUGGGGGUUGGGGAAUGGAACUUCCAAAGGAGACCCAGUCUUCUGCUUUGUGGAAGCUUUGGUCUCCGAGUCCUGCACAGUUCGCUGGUGUCACAUCCGUGAACCUGUGAGCCGCAGCCACUGCCUCCCUGCCUGGAGAAUACUUCAGAAUUCUGAAGAAGAUGUGAAGUCUCAGUCUCACUGAGCAUUUUAAGGUCAAUUAUACUUUUGUUGUUAUUUAGCUUCUUUGUAAACUAUAAGAUAGUUUUAAUUAAUAAAUAUUGCCCAGAUUGUAUUUAUAAUACCCCCAGGUUUUUUUGUUUUUUGUCCUCUACCACACACUUAGCCUUUUAUUUUCAGGGUCCUUUAUUAGUUACACAAAAGCCUAAUGAAAGCCAUUCCCCGUCCCAGUUCGGCUCUCCUGAGUGGACUCUGGUUCAGAGGGAGGACUGGGCAUCGCCAGCGCCUGCGUGGUGCCUGCCCCACAUAGGGCAAGGAGUGGGUCCUGGGCUGCCUGUCCUAGAGGGGCCCUCAACGUGCAGUCAGGAAGCGUUCAGGUUAGACCCCUCACCUCUGAGGUCCUGCGCAGUGUUGCUUUGCGUUCCUAUGCAGGAGCAACUUUCUUAUUCAUUAAAUAGUAUUUAUUAAGGGAGAUUAUUUGUAAAGGUCUAGAAUCUUUCUCCCAUCCUUUUUGCCAGUUUCCACUUUUUUUUUUUUUUUUUUUUUUUGAGGCUCACUAGAGAACACAGAACUUUGGGAGAUCAAUUUGCACAGAACCAAUUUCCAGUGUCCAAAAACUUUAGGGUUCUUUUUCCUUCUCCCAUUAUCAUGGGGAGAAACACAAAUACAUGGCAGGGCUUUUUAUAGUGUUCCAUGCCCAUCCCCCUCCCCCAACCCGGCCCCAAUACAACUUUAGAGUUUUAAAAGCCGGCACUUUAACCUCUUGAUCCCUGUGAAUUCCUAGAAGUGAAUGGUUUUAAAAGUUGUAAUGCUAGGCUGGAAAUCGGUUUUGCUUUCUUUAAAAGGUAAGAUCAUGUGAUUGGAAGAGCACAACAAUUUGCUGUGUUUUGUAGAGGACUUUGCAGCUGAAGCUCUUUCUACUCUUUGAGUGUUUAGCCAGAAUUUGGAGGGAAGGGCCAACUUAGCGAAAGUGUCUGAGCUGUAGUGUCAAGGUAGUGGAGAACAACAAGAGUGUCCAUCAGUUUGGGAGGGGAGGUUCUCACUUUUGAGUUGCCUUAGGGGUAAGAUCAGAAUGCAGACAGGAUCAGUGCCCUUCUUGGCUGCUGAAGAACACUGAUCUAGUAGGAACCGACUUGGUUUUGACCCAGGUGGAAAUAGAUGCUAUAAACUGAGGUGCUUGUUCUUAUGACACCUGGUGAGUAGACUUGAGAACGUGAUUAAUGUGACAACCUAAGGAGCGUAGCAGUCAGUCCCUUCAACAAGCUGGCUAAAGCUCAGAGUAGGGAGUCCCUUGUCUUUAACCGUCUUGGAGACCUCAGUUCUGCUAACUUUGAAAAUCCAGAGCAGUGGCUGUUCAGUGUGCACUGCUGUACAGGGUGCCUGCUGCGAUGGGGCAUAAGUAUUGUUCUGUUUUAAUUUACUGUAUUUUUUAAUUGGGUAAAGCAUUAUUUAUCUUGAUUGAUUGUACUACCAUUCCACCCCUAUCCCCAAAUCUAGUAUUAGGAAUCCUCCUACCUAAAACCAAGUGAACAUUUGGGUCAGAUGCCUACAAUAGCUUCCUCAAGGUGUCCACCACCUUGAAUUUGUCCCUUAGCUCUGUGUUCAAGUGUCUGUCAUUGAAACUAGUUUUUCGUAUUUCGGAUUCAGUUGUGUAUGAUUUAAUUUCCUUUCUUAGGAGUCUUUAGGUGGGGAGGGGGAAAAACAUACACGUUCAUCCCAACAUCGCUACCAUAAAGAUUUGUGAUUGCCUCUGUUUGCAUAGAGCCAGAUCUUCCCCCAGUCCCCUUCCAAGCGUGUCUGCAUCAGGGAUGUCACUUGGUGAGAACAGUAAGGAGGGAAGAGGAGAGAAUGAAUUUCUAAAUGACCUCUUCACCUGGGUUAUUGAAAUGGCUGCAGAGCAGAUAUAGGAUGAUGUUGAACCUUUGGUCUCAUUUGUGAAAAUUUGUGCAAUUUUUUUUCUGUGCAACACUACAUACCAAUCACCAAAUUACAAAUUAACCCUUUGUGAUCGAUGGUAUAAUGAGCAGUUUCUUUAGGGCUUUCUCUUUCCGGGAAGCGGGAGGGAAAGGAGCAAGAUAUCAUCCUGCUCUUCAUUUGUAUUUUGGUCCCAAAAUGUAAAUACAAUUUUCUAUGUUACUUUUUUGUGGUAACUACCAAGAUGAAUAUUUUAAUUAGAUAAGUUAUAUGAAAAGGAAGAAAAAUUCCAUGUCUAAAUAAAAAGACAAACAAAAA